AUGUUAAUCCAGACCAGCUUGCCCCGCCGAGACGAGCUGUCUCCGCCUGAUAUUGAUCGGAGGACCUCCUACAUUGCAGCAUGGACCAUCCAAUGCGCCAUCGGAAUCAUCGCGGUUGCCCUGCGCUUUUGGGCAAGGUCGAUGUUGAAAACACGAUGGAAAUAUGGAUGGGAUGACUGGGUCAUGCUCCUCACCUUGUUGAUUUACCUUGGCGGCACCAUCUUGGUCAUUCUCAUCGGCGUGAAUGGCGGGACACGCCAUCUUGCGUACAUUCAGCCAGCCUCGCAUGCAGUCUUCGUAUUCAAGCUUCACCAGAUCACGCAGUCUUUCGGCAUCAUGGCCAGCGGGACAGGGAAAAUUUCUGUUGCAUUUUUGAUCAUGCGCUUCCUGCCCAAUACAGGCAAAUGGCGGCAGCGCUUUCUCUGGGUCCUCAUCGUGAUCACUUUCGUCCAAUCCGUUACUACCUCCAUAUUCAACUUCACCCAAUGUGACCCCGUUGCAGCUUUAUGGGAUCCGGCGUUGAGGCCCACAGCCAAGUGUUGGGACCCAGCAGUCAACGCAAAUUACGGUAUUUUUGGAGCCGCUUGGGGUUGUGCCUUUGAUAUGAUUUUGGCCACAAUGCCUAUCAGUCUCAUCUGGAAACUCCAGCUGUCUUUGCGAAAGCGGCUUGGUAUUAUUGCUUUGCUGGGUUCCGGUGUGUUUGGCGCUAUUGUGACAGCCGUCAAAGCCAAGGAGCUAGAAUUGAUCAAGAAUCGAUCAGACUUCACAUGGGUUCGUGUGCCACGUUCCCAUGAUGUCCGAACUUCCCUCCCCAGAGAAAUUGUGAUGAGCAGGGAGCUGACUUGUCUCGUCCACAGGGAACAUAUACAUUAUACAUAUGUGUAUCACUCGAGCUCUCAGUAA